AUGAUGUGGCCCCUGAUUCUUAUAAGUUUUAUAGUAUUUUUUACACCUUCCCAUCAACAGUUUCCUCGUCCGUGUGCCAGUCAAGAGUCGCUGCUCUCCAAGGAGUGCUGCCCAGCUUGGGAAGGAGACGGUUCUCCCUGUGGAGUCAGCUCAGGCCGGGGCUCCUGUCAGGAUGUGGAGGUGCCAGAUGUACCCGAUGGGCCACAGUAUCCCUUCUCCGGGUUGGAUGACAGGGAGAAGUGGCCCUUGGUUUUCUACAACCGGACUUGCCAGUGUGAGGGGAACUUCAUGGGUUUCAACUGUGCGGACUGUAAGUUUGGCUACUAUGGAGAGAACUGUACUCAGUGGAGGGCGUCUCUGAGAAGGAAUGUUUUUCACCUAUCCCAUGAUGAGAAAAUCAAACUUGUUUCUUAUUUGAACUUGGCAAAGCAGUCAGUCAGCAGGGACUAUGUUGUGGCCACAGGAACCUACCAGGAGAUGGAGAAUGGCUCUAACCCCAUGUUUGCUAAUGUAUCUGUGUAUGAUGUGUUUGUGUGGUUACAUUACUAUGUAUCUCGAGAGGCUCUGCUAGGUGGGCCUGGAAAUGUAUGGAGUAAUGUGGACUUUGCUCACUGGGCCCCUGCAUUCCUCCCGUGGCAUCGCCUUUACCUGCUGCUGUGGGAGCAUGAGAUAAGGAAGCUGACUGGGGAUAUGACCUUUACGAUCCCAUACUGGGACUGGAGAGAUGCCGAGGCAUGUGACGUGUGUACAGAUGAACUGAUGGGAGCAGGGAGCCCACAGGAUCCCACUUUGCUCAGCCCAGGCUCGGUCUUCUCUUCUUGGCAGGUACUGUGCUCCAGAGCAGAAGAGUACAGUCUCAGAGGUGUUUUAUGUGAUGUCACUGAAGAAGGCCCGUUACGUCGAAGCCCUGGAAACCACAACCGUAACAUUGUUCAGCGCUUACCGACUUCAGCAGAAGUGGCAUUUACGCUCAGUCUGAGCAACUAUGACACUGGAGCCAUGGACCGAAGUGCAAACAUGAGCUUCAGGAACACUCUGGAGGGAUUCGGGGAUCCUCAGACAGGGUUAGGGAACAGUCCUCGUUUGAACAUGCAUGCUGCUCUUCAUAUUUUUAUGAAUGGAUCCAUGUCAUCAGUGCAGGGCUCAGCAAAUGACCCCAUAUUCCUCCUCCAUCAUGCAUAUGUUGACAGCGUUUUUGAGGAGUGGCUCAGGAGGCAUAACCCAUCUCCAUCACAGUACCCAGAGUCCAAUGCUCCCAUAGGACACAACGCUAGAUACCACAUGGUGCCCUUCCUGCCGCUCCGCAGAAACAGGGACUACUUUAUUUCAACCAAAGAGCUGGGAUAUGAAUAUUCAAAUCUGCUCAAUACUAACCAGUGGAUAGCAGAAGCAAUGCGCCCCUACUUGGAUGAACUGAAGAAUGUGUGGCCCUGGCUGAUAUUUGCAGGGCUUAUUGGAGGAAUCUUAGCGGUGUCCUUUGUUGCUGCUUUCCUCAAAGUAAGACAGCGAUACCAAGACUGGCCUGGGCAACAAUAUGGGAGCAAGAAGACCCCCUUUUCAAGCCUUACUGCAUACUUAUCUCAAGUUUUCCGGGUCCCAGAGAAAAAGCCCAUUAUCUUGGACAGCAUGCCAGAAAGACAGCCACUUAUCCUGGGCAACGUAACAGAGGAAAACAGCACCCGUAACUACCAAACAACUAUAUGAAGGCACAGACAACCCUGCAUAAAGCACAUAUAUAUGAAUAUUAAUAUCCCGAGCACUGUGAAUUAUACAUUAUAUUGAAUGAUUGUUAUGACCCUAUUAUCUUUGUUAAUGGCACUGUAUUUAAACUGUAUUAAAAGUGUAAAGAAACCUGCAUGUAGCAACUUUCUAAAUGGGUUAAAGAAACAUUCCACCCACAACUUGUUACACAUCAAAAUCAACCAAUUAGGUGGUAUCAGACAUGGUCUGUGCUUUCUAUCAUUAUGACUUUUCACAUUUAUUUUUAUAGGGUUAGUCGAUUUAGCUGUGGCGCUUCAAAAUCAGGCUCUGCAGUGUUGCAUCAUCCAUGUGUGCAAGAAAAUGAUAUCUUGCAUGCACCCAACUGCCAGAAUAAGUAACAUUAAGUCUUUCAUACAUUUUUCAGACGACCUGAGGGACUUUUCUUUCAUUAUCUUUGAGUGGGAGUCGAACGAACCUCACUAUUUGGCUACCACCAAAUUGAUUUGUGCUUAUGCUGGGAGACAUGCUUAUGGACAGAAAAAACAGUGACUAUGUCUACAUAGAUGUCAAGGUCUGAGAGACCUCUCCACACUUCAAUUUUCUAAACUUGAAAGUUGUGCAAUAGUUUGAAAAACUUUGUGACAUUUAAAAAAAGUCACAGCUACUUCCAAAGUUUCUCGAGGCCCGAAACCUUUGCUUGAAAGGUUGCACCUAGUUGAAAAAAAGAGGGGAGUUUACACUUAAAGUUAUAAUUAUGGGAUGACUUUGGCUUUCAAUGCAACAUGAACAAAACUUUGUCUGCACACCAUCACAAACACAGCAGCAGCGCAGUUUUAAAAGUUCAACGCAAAGUUUAUUUUUGGUAAGAUAAAUUGCUCCCAUAUUUUCUCCUUACAUCAUGGCCUUGUUCAGCCAAAUAUCAUUUAUACAUUCUAAGCCUUGAGACAUGCUGCCUGGCAUUGCAUUUUACUCCUACAGUACUUGGCUUAAGAUACCUUGUGUUCAAAUGGCAUUCUCAGAUAUACAGUACAUUCUCAUGAUUAAAACUACUCUUUGUGUUGACAAGAAAUUAGAUAAAUACAACAUGGAUGCAUGUUUGAUGCAUAACUUGUACAAAAUAUA